GCUUAGUAGUUAUAAACUUGAUUCACGAUGGAAUCUAUCAGACUAAUUCCUAAUGAAAUGGUUAAACUCGUCCCAUUAUUUGAUGGCGAAAAGCGUCAUCUAAACCUGUUCAUUCGAAAAUGUGAGUACAUAAUAGAUAGGUUUCGCGGUAAUGAGGCUCAAAAUCAGUAUGUAAUGCAAACACUGACCAGUCGAUUAAUAGGGAACGCAGCCUCCCUUAUCAGUGAACGCGGAGACAUCGAAACAUGGGACGAGUUAAGAGCUUUACUUACCCAGCAUUUCGGUGAUCCGAGGAGCGAAGAAUGUAUAAACAUAGAGCUAGAGACUUUAAAAAUACGUGCAGGAGAAAGCUUUUUGGAUUUUUGUAAUAGAAUUCAAUCGGUUCGUUCGGUUUUGAUGUCAAAAGUCAAUCAGAUUGCCGACCCUAACAUGAGAGCAAGUAAAAAGACUAUUUACGAACACACUUCUCUAAAUGUCUUUUUGUACAAUUUACCCGAAAGUAUGGUACGUAUAGUUCGGCUAAAGGGACCUACCACCUUAGAAGCAGCGCUUGGUAUUGUGUUAGAAGAAGUAAACUUCCAUGAUCAAUAUCAAGCGAGGAAUAAAAUGUCGCAACACAACCCCUCUAACUCUACACAAAAGCCAGUAACCCCAACAUUUAAAUUCGGACUCCCACCGUCCAUUCCGCAAAAUUUGACAUUUAAACCUCCGGUGCAACAACCGUUCCUCAUCCCUAAUUAUGUACCAGUACAACAACCACGGUUUAACUUUGGUAUUCCUCCGAAUAGACAAGCGAAUAACCCGACUCCACAGAACCAACCUCAAAAUAAUUUCGGUUAUCGCCCACAACAGUUACCCCAGUUUGGUUACCGCCCCCAGAAUUUUGGUUACAGACCUGUCGGCCUCCAACCACAACCUCCAAUGCGCCCUCAGCAAUUCGGAAUGCAACGUAACUUUAACGUUCCAAAUACGCCUAAUAACCAGCGACCUUUUGUGUCUGAGGACGUAUCGAUGAGAACAGCACCACCAGCGCGACCUCAACAGGGGUUCCGCUUGAACGAACUAGAUUUACAAGAAAAUGAACCGUAUGCCUACGUCGAUGCGUGUUAUAAUGAUUAUUAUCCUUGUGAUUACGAGUACUACCCUAUUUACGACGAGAUGGUUAAUAUGCAAUCUGCACCGGUGUCUGAAAUAGAAACCACUAAACGAGACGAUGUCCCAGCUGAGCCUACCGGAAAUUUUCAGAUACAGGCCUCAGAGAGAGACAUAUCAUAG